AUAAUAAUUACAAGAUAUGCCGCUAGAGUACCUAUGCGCGCAUGGUCGUAAAAGUAUACAAGACCUAUUGUAUACGACACUACGUUGAAAGCUUACACAAACAUACUUUUCACAUAGAUACGAAUGUUGCGCACAGUGGCCCAGACUGACAGCUGGAAGAACGUGAAACAGGAGUGGCAGAUCAUGUAAGGGGCACUCAGUCAUCAUAGACUGAAACUUGAUAAUUCACGAGCAGACGCGCUACUAAGAAUACAUUAGAAGAGUUGACAGGAUAGGCAGAAGAAAGCAGAGCAGUGGGGGAGGGGGUGGGAGAACAAGAGGCGGUAUGACACGACCUCCCAAUAAUGACAACCUUAUGACCUUCAAAUUGGUCGUGGUUGGAGAUGGAGGUGUUGGAAAAAGUGCACUCACUAUACAAUUCUUUCAAAAAUUAUUUGUUACUGACUAUGAUCCUACCAUUGAGGAUAGUUAUAUUCAACAUACAGAGGUAGAUAAACAAUGGUGCAUCUUAGAUGUGUUAGAUACAGCUGGUCAAGAAGAAUUCAGUGCCAUGCGUGAACAAUACAUGCGCAAGGGUGAUGGGUUUCUAUUAGUAUACUCUGUGACUGAUAAACAAUCUUAUGAAAAUAUCAUGAAUUUUUAUACCCAAAUACUUAGGGUAAAAGAUAGAGAUGUGUAUCCUAUGCUUCUGGUAGCCAAUAAAGUUGAUUUGGUACAUUUGAGAAAAGUUACAGAGGAGCAGGGAAGGGAAUUGGCUCACCGGUUGGGUAUACCUUAUAUUGAAACUUCUGCCAAAGACCCGCCAUUAAAUGUAGAUGCUGCAUUCCAUGAGGUCGUUCGCAUUAUCAGAAAUCAACCUCCAGCCGAAUUGGAAAAAAAUCGGAGGAAACGAAGACGUUCGGGGAAAUGUAAUCUUUUGUAAAGCUUGAAAUCAAUUGGGUAAUGAUUUGACACAUUACCUUUUAUCACUUCUUUCAUAAAAAGUGAAACGCACCUGCCAAAAAACAAAAAAAAAAAAUGGGUCUUCUGUCCUCCAUCGUAUAUA